UGGUUUGUAUAUUUCCCUAAAUUCAAUGCAGUUCAUUUCAUAUAUAUCUAUUUAUUAGUUAGUUUGACGUGACGUCACGAGCAUACGUACGUCCUUACGUACGUAUCGCCGGCCCGCUGCUAGCUGGUCAUACCGUCAUACUAGCUGGUGAACGACGUGAGAAGUCCUCAUGGUCCACGACAUUUAAAGCUACAGUAGCCGACUCUCCAGCACGGAGACCCUCAGUGGUGACACAGGCACGAGUAACGCAGCAGGAUAUAUUACCACGCACGCCCUUUGUUUGUUUUGAUAGUUGGAGAAGUCGAGUUAGGCAGGUAGCAUCGUCUCUCUGUAGUGUCCGGGAUGAGGCUGUGCCGUUGUCGGUAGUUGUCGGUACCAUACCAGGGGUGAGCAUAUCUGGUACCGACGCCGUAUACCCCUUUCCUCACCUAACCGGAGAUGAGAGUCCUGCUGUACUGGCCGAAUAUUGUUGGAUACAUAAGGAUUGGCCUUAUCUUUGCUGCCUGGGCUGAAUAUGAGACACCAGCUGUGUUUGUUCCUCUGUACUCGGUCUCCAUAGCUCUCGAUGGUGUGGAUGGUUGGCUGGCGAGGAGGCUGGGCCAGACCUCCAGGUUUGGGGCAUGGCUGGACGUAGUGGUGGACAAUCUGGGCAGAGGGAUGCUGUGGAGCAUGCUGUUUCAGUGGGGUUGGCUGGUGUCUGCACUGGAGUGGUGUGUGUUUGUGUGUAACCACAACACCAGAGGUGAACAUUGGAAGAACAGCUUCACCAGCAGCCCUCGAUUAAUACAGGCGAUCAUGGCAAAUGGGUUUCGGACACCCCUGGGCAUGUGGGUGGUGAGUGGGCUGCACUGCCUCCCCGUGUGGCUGUACGCGCAUCGGUGGGGUUUACUGUCAAGCUGCCUCAACCUACCUCUCUGGAUCCAGGCUGUGGGGCUGCUGCUGCUUUCAGCUGGACGUCUGCUGGCCCUUUCAGCUGAGAUGUGGUGCAUAUGGACACACUUUGAAUACCUCACCAGCGAUGAGCCUGAGGAGAAAAAGAACUGAAAGACAGAAUCUCAUUUUCAAUCAGGUUUGGUUUUUUGUGCAGCUGUGUAGAUGCAGUUUUGUUCUUGACAUUUAAAGGGAACGGUUCUAAAGGCCAAACCAGACGUGUUUGUAAGAAGUCUGCAGGACACGAAAAUGAUUGAACUAUCGUCAGUGUGUUGUGAUAUCAGAUUCUCUAGCAAAGGAAAUGCUUUAUUGUGCACAUACAGCAUAAAAUGCUUUACCAAUGCUGUGCAGACACCAGUAUCUGGAAGAGGAAUGUUCUUUCACUUCAGUUCUAUUUCAUCCCUUCUGACCGAUGUUUUAAGCACUGGAUAUUUCCCUUCGCACAUGCCCAGUUCGAGUAUGUAUACCAACAAAGUCACCCAUGACCCUGGAUGACCACAAGGAGGUGGUGUCGUCCAGGGCUAAUUUCCUUUUUUUCUUCUCGCGCGCAGUUUGCUUUGGAAAACAUUGAGCAUUGCUUUGGAAAACUUGGCCGCUAGUAGUUCUAUGGCCAUCGUCGGUUGGAGCUGUGGCAGUUGGACACAAGAAAUGUGACAUUGAUUACUGUAUUGACUUUCUCCCUCGAGACGUGAGUUUCGCUCUCCUCACCGGACUUCGUAAGUACCUCUUUAGUUCUUUGGCUGCUGACUUACUUUCGUUUGUUAAAGGCAUGUCGGUGACGACUGCGUCCGUGCACCCUUUUUCCGGCAUUCAAGUUAGUCGGUUGAUUUGCUGGCCUGUUCCCAGUACCCAACGUGGACUCUUUUUCAGUGGCCACCGGCAUCUGAUUUUAUUGCAUCAACGUCUGUUGGUAUAGGCCGCCUGCGUGGAAUUGCUGCAACAGACACCUGCAAGUGCCUUUUUCAGGGGCAGACCGGCCCCCACUGCCUUUGUGGUUCCCCAGUUGGCGGACUACUUGAGGGAGUUGCAGGCCUGUUGGAGAGACACUAAAGCUUGCUCCCGUUUCUUUGCAGGUUGUAGAACCUUGUCAGUUAUGCAUGAUUCUGCAAUGGUUGGCCUGGAGUGCAUGGCGACCAUUGAGCUUGCCAUGGCUUCCCUCAUUGUGUCCCUGUCACACUUCAUGCUGGCCCUCUUGGCCUCACUGCAGGACGGCAGCAGGACUGCUGACGCCGUCGCCUUCUGUGAUGCCUCUCUGGAGGCAUUUGGCCUUAUGUCCAUGGACAUUUUAAGGCUGAUGUCCAUCCUUGUCCAAGCUCACCGCCUGGUCUGGCUUUCACAGUUGAUCCAGACUGAGGCGGCUAGGAGAACCCUUUGCAGCCUCCCAGUGGAACAAGGGGAAAUAGGGGGCACUACAACUGCCUCCCGCACCGGCUUGCCGCCGCAAACCCACUCCACUUGUUGUCGUGGUAUCCUGGGUCCUGCACAGAGACCAGCCGGGGACUUUCGGGACUCUGCCCGCCUGUGGGGCACUGAGACACAAUGCAUCUUCUGUCUCAUGUGGCCGCACUUGGACCUAAUGGUGAAUUUGGACAAGAGUUGCCUAGAACCAUCUCAGACCAUGACCUUGAUUGCGUUGGCUUUGAACAGUGUGCCCAUGACAGCUUGUCCGUCCUCCCACCGUGUGGACGACAUCUUUCACCUUCUUGCCUUGUUAAGGAGGGGUCAACGGUUGCCCUACGUCUCAUAUAUGCAUCUCAUGGACGAACUGACGCUUGUUUCAGCCAUCGUGCCUCUGGCCUUACUGUCGCUGUGCCCUCUGCAGAGGUGGCUGAAACGCUUCCACUUGGAUGCCAUGUGGCACACCUGUGUCUCUUCAGCAUGGCCUCAUGGAGGCACAGGGACUACACUCAGUGGCGUCCCACUGUGCUCUGAUCCAUUUCGCAGGGAGGUUGUCACCACGGAUGCCUACCCCUCAGGAUGGAGAGCAGUAUGGUAGAGCAUCUGGCAGACUUCCUCUUCUGGCAGGUACCUCUGUCAGGAGAGUCGCACCACCCCCGGAUGUUGGGGACAUUAUCUGGGGCCACUUGGCAGUGCAGAGGUGGACCUCUUCGCCUCAGAUGUGUCAACCCACUGUCCCCUGUGGCCUUCCUGACUUAGACGACCAGCACUCCAGGCCAGGAUGCACUGGCUCACCCUUAGCCAGCAGGCCUUUUUUCCCCGCUUCCUCUGAUUUGGCCGGUGCAUCAAAGAAUCCUUCAAGACGGUCACAGGAUUCUGCUCGUGGGCCCCUUCCCUUCUGGCCGGGAAGGAGCUGGUUUCCUCGGCUGGACUCUGUUACAACGUGACACCUUCCCAACAGGUGGGAUAUCCUCUCUGGGGGAUUGGAUCUGGUAGCCCAAACCCCAACGCCUAGCACUGUGUGUUUGGCCUGUCAGGCAUACCAUAAUGAACUCCAGGGCACACCCCGCUCAUCUGUGUACAAGAAUUGCUGGAAACUGUUUUCCCCCUGGUAUGUGAGUCGGAAUGAAGACCCACUGUAGUGCUCUGUGCAUAAUGUUACGGAAAUUCUCAAUUCAAAGAUUUACUUGAAGCAAGGAGCCAAUACAUGCACUACAGCAAGUACAGAAUCGACUGACAGUAGUGAGGUUGUGUUCACUUUUAUACAGUAGACCCUGUCCUACAAUGGAGACAACCUUGUUAGAGAGACAAGCUGUCAGCCUCAUUGGAAUUCAGCUAGUCAUAACAAAGGAGCUGUAGAUUGGAUGACUCUCUGCCCUGGUAUGGUGGUCCUAACAGGGAAGGUGCCACUCUACCAAGAAUGUAGGUCCCUUUGGAGGACAUUUGAGACGCCGCGGCACACCAGAGGCAGUGGUCUGUAGGGAUGUACUAGAACGAAAGUUACAAAUGUAACUACAGUCCUGUGAAACCCGGAUGACUGCAAGAGCUCUCUGUUACACAGAAUCCUCGUGCGCCACCAGAAAAUAUAGCCUCCUUCUGGUCAACCAGGGGUCACAGGUGAAUUUGUUGGUAUACAUACUCAAACUGCGCCUGCGUGUAGGGGAAUAUCCUGUGCUUAAAGCACUGCCUCUGGCGGUCAUCUAGGAUUAAUAGAACCGUAGUUACAACAAUCCAGAGGCUGAACCCCUCCAGAGUAAGCGCUAUGGCGAUGGUGGCAAGGAAAAACAUUCAUCCAUUUAAGAGGAGGAUUCCUUGAGCAGAAGCCAGCUCACAUGGGCCUUAAGAAGAUGGGUUAAUUACUGUAGCUUUAAUUCAUCACUGUACACUGAGCAAAACAUAUCAUUUAACUACAUUAUAGUUUAUAUAAUAUAGUUUUGUGUUGAGUGAAAAGCAAGAAAGACAAUCCAUGCAGAGAUAUGACAUAUUAUGGUUCAGUGGAUAGGAAAUACUACUUCUGAACUGUAUUUGGUUGUGUUAAAAAGGGCAAAGUAAUAUUAUUAUUUAUUAUUUUAUUCUGACUAAUUUGACGAUUAAAAUAUAUUAACAUGAA